AUGAUCCAGGAGCUCGAGGACAAGAGGCCUCAAGAUAUCACGAUGAUGCCGCUGAUGGGAAAUGACUGGGAUGCGCACACCGGCGCCUGCCUGCAGACGCUAGAGGGCCAUGACAGUCAGGUCAACUCAGUGGUGUUCUCCCACGACAGCAGCCGCGUUGCGUCCGGGUCUUGGAACAAGACGAUCAAGAUCUGGGAUGCGCAUACCGGCGCCUGCCUGCAGACGCUAGAGGGCCAUGACAGUCAGGUCAACUCAGUGGUGUUCUCCCACGACAGCAGCCGCGUUGCGUCCGGGUCUUGGAACAAGACGAUCAAGAUCUGGGAUGCGCAUACCGGCGCCUGCCUGCAGACGCUAGAGGGCCAUGAUGACUGGGUCAGAUCAGUGGUGUUCUCCCACGACAGCAGCCGCGUGGCGUCUGGGUCAGACGACAAAACAAUCAAGAUCUGGGAUGCACACACCGGCGCCUGCCUGCAGACUGUUGAGAUCGGCUCUGCAGUAUCCAAUCUCUCCUUCGACGCUACUGGCUCUUGCCUUCAUAGCGAUACUGGUAUCAUCGCUCUACGCGACCCACCGACACCUGCUCCUACUAUUUCCAUAGAAGGCGCCGCUUCAGAGCUCCAAUCACUGUCAGCCAGUCAACCGCCGCAGACCCCUGAGUACCGAGGUUACGGUAUCAGUUCUGAUUCGCUAUGGAUCACAUGGCAUUCGCAGAACUGGCUAUGGCUGCCUCCCAUGUAUCGCCCUGUAUGCUCUGCCGUAGGACAGUCCGGGUCAGCCUUGGUACUUGGCUGCCACUCUGGGCGCGUGCUAAUCUUUCGCUUCGCGGAUGAGGAUCGCAGCUGA